AUGCCAUCGACAGGACUCUUCUUUCUGCCUAUUGCGCCCAACCAGCCCUCGCCGUCAGCACUUCUCGUAUCGCACAUCUCGCGAUCGUUCCCCGCCGAAACGCUCCCGACCUUCCACCUCGACCACCGUCUAUUCGUCGAUACCUCCUCCCUGCUGCCCAACUCGGACACAUCUCUACGCAGAUACACGAGCAUCCUGACCCUCUGCCACAGCCCCGGGACGACAUAUGUCGGGACGACGCCGCCGAAAGAGAAACCCCCAGCAGCAGCAUCCGACCCGCCUGCUACUUCUCCGACAUCGACACUCAUCACCAUUCCAUCUGCCCAUGCAGACCCAUUUACGCAACUGAUCGGGACCAAGCUACAGUCUCACUGGGCCCAUCGGCAGUCUCUGGUCGUGGACAAUGGCACCGCACUGGCCCUGCAACAUGAAGAAUGGAUCGUUCGCAUCGGAGACGUCAGAACACCUACAGGCCGUUCGGGCCAGCAGACCGCAUCGAAUCUGCGCGGGAUGAUAGUCGAGGUCUCCUUCAACGACACUACAUCUGUCAGACCUGGACGCAAGGAUUCUGCGGACCAGCAAGACACUCAGCACAGCGGGGUCGGCAAGGACGACGAGACUCUGAUCCGAGGAUUCCUCGACUCGUUGUUCGACGGCACGGGUGUGCAGAUGGCGAGUAGUCGCGCCCUGUUCCGCAACACCAGGUCUACCAAUCCAGAGGACAAAGACAGGAGUGGUGUUGCGGACUGGGAUCUCGCGAGUCUCUACAUGGACAUGCUCCGAACGCCACGAUGA